AUGAGUCCGCCGAACUUUACGAUUCCGCAAUUGAAAGAAUGUUUGAAGCGGCUUAACCUGUCGACAACAGGAUCCAAGACUGAUCUGUUGGCGAGGCUAAACGCUGCUGGUCCGGAGGGUUCGUGGAUGUCUCUUCUGGAUGAAGUUGACGUGGGCCAAGAGUUAGCUGCGGCAGAAAUAGUCGAACCUCAACCGGAUGCAUCAAGGGAAUUAGAACUUAUCCGACGGGAAAGAGACCUUCUUCAACGUGAAAUGGACUUAAUGAGAAGGGAAAACGAGAUUUUAAGAAACUCGCCUCGAUCGGUGCAAAGUCACGGGCCGAAUAUGAACGUCCGAGCAGUGGGCGAUCUAUUAAGUGACUUCGACGGAUCCAAAAAUACAUUUUUGGUGUGGGAAAAGUCGCUGCUCUUGUUGAGAAACACUUACGAGCUGGAUGAGAAUGCUAUUAAAGUUCUCAUCGCGGCUAAAUUAAAAGGAAGAGCGUUGGAGUGGCUUCACUCGAAGCCCGAACAUAUUGAAAUGAGCGUGGAAAUUUUAUUGUCACAUAUGAAGAAAAUGUUUGACCAUCGGCAAAACAAGUUAGCGCUACGGAGAAAAUUCGAGGAAAGGUCGUGGCGAAUUCACGAAAACUUCAGCGAAUAUCAUCACGAUAAAAUGAUUUUAGCCAAUCAAGUGGGUGUCGAGGACGAGGAGCUCAUCGAUUAUAUGAUCGACGGGAUCCCGGACGAUUUGUUACGCAAUCAAGCGAGAAUGUAUCGUUUUGCGGAAUCAUCCGAAUUAUUAGAGGCGUUUGAGAAGAUAUCCUUAAAACCCAGGACGAAUAAAAACGUCGUGGUUGACAAGAGAAUUAUGGCGAGUCCGCGAUCCAGUGGCAAUACUUGUGCUGUAAAUCCACUGCAGCCUGUGCGACGGUGCUACAAUUGUAAUGGAGAAGGACAUCUAGCAGAUUCCUGUCUGAAACCCAAGAGAGAGCGAGGGUCGUGUUUCUCCUGCGGUGACCAAGGACACGGUUACCUGAAAUGUCCAAAAUCAUCGAAAGCGGAGGCGCCGAAGCCGACGAGUGUGUCGCUGAUCGAUGGGCCGCAGAGUUCAACGAUGGAAGGACAGCGAAGGCAUCCACCACUUCAGACCCCGUCCCGAAAUUAUUGUAUUUUCCUGACAGAAGAGAAAGAAGAACACUAUUUUGUGGAGGCAUUAGUGGAUUCUGGAAGUGCGAUAAAUCUUAUGACCUAUAAGACAUUUAACAACUUUUUUAGUAUGUACGAACUGGUGCAAGGUAAGCACAACUUUAAUUAUGGAGGAGUAAACCAAUCACCAUUGUCGGUUAUGGGGUAUGUCAAUAUUCGAAUUAAGUUACAGCUGGUACCGUGUGAUAUUUUUGAAGUACGAUUUAUGGUAGUACCCGACUCGACGAUGACGUACAGCGCUUUAUUAGGACGUGAAUUUAUGACGAGACCUGGAAUGACUGUUGUUCUUAGUAAAGUAAUAAGCAUUCAUUAUGAUCGAGAAUAUAGAGACGAAAUACUAAAUAUUGAGUCCAUAGAAACGAAAGAGAAAUUAGAUACAGACAUAGAUAAUUUCGAUGCAUCGCUAUCCGUUGAAGUUAAGCAAACGUUAACAGAAUUAUUAAAAAAUUAUGUAAAUUUAGAAGGUACAGCUGAACCGGUUGAUUAUAAAUUUCAAAUUACACUCGCCGAAAAUAGUAAACCCUUUUAUUUUUCGCCAAGGAGAUUGUCGUGGCAUGAAAAGACGGAAGUCCGGAAAAUUAUUCAUGAUUUGUUGUCUCGAGGAAUUAUUAGACAGAGCAAUUCAGAUUUUUGUAGCCGGAUUGUUUUAGUGAGGAAAAAAGAUAGUAGUUACAGACUUUGUAUAGACUAUAGAGCGUUGAACAAAAUUACUAAGAUAGAGGACCAAAUUGAUAGAUUGUCUAACAGUGCCUAUUUUACAAGUUUAGAUUUAAAAGAUGGAUUUCAUCACAUCCCUAUUUUCGAAGACUCGAUAAAAUUUACAUCUUUAGUCACGCCUGAUGGGCAGUUUGAAUAUUUAAAAAUGCCGUUCGGACUCGCAAAUGCACCUGCAGCUUUUCAGAGGUUUGUUCAUUUAAUAUUUAGGCCACUGUUGGAAUUUGGAAAGGUUUUGCUGCAUUUAGAUGAUAUCUUAAUCGCCAUCAAAAAUAUUGAUGAAAAUUUAGAAAUUUUAAAAGAGGUUUUGGAACUAUUGAGCCGGCAUAAUUUGGAAUUAAAGUUCAGCAAAUGUAAAUUUCUUAAACGAGAGAUUGAGUAUUUAGGAUACAAUAUUAAUAUUAAUGGAAUCACGCCGAAUGGGUCGAAUGUUAAAGCCAUACAAGAUUUCCCACAACCUAAGACGGUAAAACAGGUUCAAAGUUUUUUAGGCCUUACUAGCUAUUUCAGGAAAUUUGUACCUAAUUUCGCUCGAAUCGCACAACCAUUGUACAAUUUGGUUAAAAAGGGAAUGUCCUUUAAAUUUGGAGUCGAAGAAUGA